AUGUCAGCGAACAUCUGGGCAAAAGGCACAUACGACGAGAAGGACUCGAGGGUCUUCGCCGGUGCUCUGACUCUGGCCACCACUCUUCCGGAAGAAAAGAUGAUGAAGUCUGCAAGGGCAGGUCACGCGUCUUUCCUGGAGGAUGAAGUGCUGCGAUGCAACAGUGCCCAAUCGCGUCAGCCAGUUUCACCGCAAAGUCGACAUCGGUCAGUCUCUUUCGAGACUUCUGAUUCAUCGAACCUGUCAGCUUCGUGGCACAGCGCUAAGUCCGAGACGAGACGAAAGGCAUUGCCACUGCAGCCUGGCCCGGUGGCAUCACAAACGCGGGGGCCCCGCGUCUCGGGCAAUACAGGUGUUGUGGAGAACGAUGAGAGGCUCCAGCCGGCUUAUCCUAAGCCUGCAGAGCAUGCUGGGUUUGUGAUUCUACGAAUCACACCUAAGCACUUCAGUCCCCUGGGGACGACUUUCCGGGAUGUGCAAGUUGGCUUUCAUUCGCACAGCUUUGUUGUCAGAGCGGUUGACUGCGAAGGCUAUACUUGGACGGCUUCCUCAAGUAGCCUUCCGGGGGGCCUGGUUGUGGACUGCUGCAAGUUCAAGAUCGAUCCGACCGGCAAGGAUGUGACUAUUCAUCUCUGCAAGGCAGAUAGGGAUCCGAAGUGGUGGAGCGUGUCCUGCCUAGAGCUAAAGCGGCCAUAUAACCAGCACAAACGGCCAGAUUUUCCUAGGCAGGACCAGGCUUCGUCGCCAGAAGCCUCGAGAACAAUUCUCCAGUUGCAUCGCACUCUUUGA